AUGAUUGAGCAUAUAAUCGACAGUAAAGACGUCGGAGAACUCCAGACACCAGAAUCACCAGUAUUACUAGCCAAGUCAGAAACACUGAGUGCAAGCAACAAUGACAUAGACGAGUCUGCCGCAGAAAACCACCCAGCAGGAGAAUCAAAACCAGUCCUCACACCCGUCGAGGAUCCCCCAACACCCAAGUUCUGGAGCCACACCAUGCUCAAAAGCCCCGAAGGCAAAAACAUCAUCGUCCAUUACUGCAAAACACUCAAAAGCAGCGAAGACGUCGCGCAACUCUUCCUAAACGACAAGAUCCUCGGCUUCGACAUGGAAUGGAAAGCGCAGGCCUCCGCCUGGAACAGCAUCCAAGACAACGUAUCCCUGAUCCAAGUCGCAAACAGGGAGCGAAUCGCUCUCUUCCACGUCGCGCUCUUUAGACCAGGCAGAAAACUCAGCGACCUCGUCCCUCCAUCUCUCAAACAAAUAAUCGAAUCUCCAGACAUUACGAAGCUCGGAGUAUCAAUCAAAGCAGACUGCACGCGUCUCCGCAAGUACCUCAAGAUCGAUGCGCACGGGAUCUUCGAGCUUAGCCAUCUCCAUAAACUGGUCAAAUACUGUCAGAGUAACCCGAAACUGAUUAACAAACGACCUGUCAAUCUCAGUGAGCAGGUGGAGGAGCACCUGGGGCUUCCGUUGGAGAAAGCGGAAGAUGUGAGGUGCAGUGAUUGGACGGUCUCUUUGAGUUAUCGUCAGGUGCAAUAUGCUGCAUCCGAUUCGUAUGCUUGUAUCUGCUUAUUCGAUACUAUGGAUGCAAAGCGAAAGGCCCUCGACCCUCGACCACCUUUACCUGCUCAUGCGGAUCUGGAUCUGCCUAUUCGUAUUGUGCAGGAGCCAACCGUGACGACAGUCCCGGAUGAUGUCGACGUGGUUAAGCCUUAG